AUGGCAACAUCUACAGAUUAUAGCAGGUCAGUGGUAGAAGCCUCGGAUGAAGUGAGAGAUACUUACUGUGAACCCUGUGUGGAUGAUGGUAAGCAAAAUGAAGCUGAAGGAUUGUGUGUGGACUGUUCAGAGUAUCUGUGUGGACAGUGUUACAAGAACCACACCAGAUAUAAAGCCUUCAAACAACAUGUGCUUCAAGAUAAGGAUAAAAUGCCAGUGUGUGCAACAAAUGCUGGUGCCAAAGAUGUUUGUGUGGAAAAGUGCAGCCUUCACACCACGAAGACUGUUGAAUAUUUUUGUAGGUCAUGUGACACACUUGGAUGCCACGCUUGCAUUACUAUCAACCAUUGUCUAUGUAAAAAUGUUGAUCAUAUACCAAGCAUUGUCAACGUUGAAAAAAGUGAAGAAUUCAAAGAGUUUAUAAAUGGAUUGGACAUAAGAUUAGAGGCAGCUAAAGAAAGAAAGAAAACACUCUGUUCGAAUUCAAAUGAAACUGAUGUAAUGAAAGGAAAGGCAAAAUCAAUGCUGAUACAGCAGCGUGAUGAAAUAAAGAAGUUCUUUGAUCAACUUGAGACUGAUAUGAAUAAAAGAAUUGAAGCUUUAGAUAGAGAAAACCAGGAAACUUUGAAAGCAGAAUCAUCAGCAUGUGACUCAAUCUACGAUGACCUUGAAACAAUCAAAACUAAAAUCAAAACAAAACUGAAAGAUGGACAAAAAUGUGAAUUGUUUAUAGCUAUGAAAAAUGAUAAACCAAAGACGAAAAAGCUUGACAAGGAGUUUGAAAAGUUAACUAAGGAGAGCAAAAUACAAAGCUAUGUUUUGACACCUUCGUCUCAAAUAAAGCAGGUUAUGGAAAGCACAUCAGAAAUUUGUAGAUUACACAGAUUAAGAUCUGCAAAAUAUGUCCAUGAAAUAAAUGUACGCACAAAAAAUGACAAAAACUGCCCACACAUUUUUAAUCAAAUAAUGGUACAGAAUCAGUAUCUGGCUGUUGCAGAUAACGAUAACACAUCAGUCAAAAUGGUAGACACAAGGAGUAUGAGUGUAAAGUCUGAAAUGAAUAUGAACUGCACUUAUGUUUGGCAUAUUACCUGUAUGAGUGAUGAUAAAAUUGCAGUUCACAUAGUAACUGGGGGAUAUCAGAAUCACAUCCAGUUUAUGUCAGUGUGUAAAGAAGGUUCUCUCAGUAAAGGUCAUCUGGUGAAUAUUGAUGAAACGUGUUAUGGUCUGGCAUACAGCAGAGGUAAUUUCUUUAUACUUCAAGACCAGCAAGUUCAAAUUGACAUACAUGGAAAGAUCCAAGACACAAUUAAAACUGAUUAUUCAGAAAGCCUUGGUGGUAUAGCAAUAAGUCCUGACAAUGAAACCAUCUACUUUACAAAUUUUGAGAAAAACACUGUAUCAAGUAUGACCUUAGAUGGCAAAGUGAAGGCUGUUUACAAAGACCUGAAUGGACCAGUCAGUGUAACAGUAGACAAUGAUGGUAUGGUGUAUGUUUGUGGUUCUGACACUCGCUGUAUGCAUCUGCUGACUGAGGACCUCAUCAAGCUUCAGGUCAUUAAAGAUAUAUAUGGCACAAAUAUCACCUACUCUAGCACUGACAACAGACUUUAUGUGGGACUGCAAGAUGUUAUUACAGUGUAUCAAAUGGAACAAUGA